CCCAGCCCUGCUGCACCCCGGAUCGGGACCGGGCUGUGGGCCCGGGGGCGCGUGCGGCCGGUACCCACGGAGGACGUGUGACCCAACCACCCCAAAUCCCUUGGGCACGUCCAGCACAGACCCCCUCGCCCCCUCCAGCGCAGGUGGGCCACAUCCCUACCGGGCCGCCUGCGGGCCUGAGGGUGCCCCCCCGUAGGGUAAUCCUGUUUGCUUGUGGCAGCAUCUGCGCAGGAUAAAGGUGAUGCCAGGGCGGUUCUGAGGCACCCGGCUUUGGGCUGAGCGAUGUCGUGGCGGUAGCGCAGUGAUGAGAGAGCUCGUAUUUGAUUUUCACGACAGAAGGCCGCGUGCAGGGGUGGAUUUCCCCAUUCUGCCCCAGCCUGCCCCUGGGUGCAGGGACCCUGUCAUCCCUCCUGCAGCUGUUCCUGCAGCUCCUGGGUGCCGUCACUGGUCCCCAGCUGCUGCUGCCUCCACUCCAGGCUAAGGCAGUAACGCUUGGGUGUGCUGACCACUGACUCAUCUUUUCCCUUGUGUGACUCCUCUGCUGGUGCUGCUCCAGCUGGGAACAAGCGGUGGACCUGACGUACUCCAUGCGCCUGGGAGCGAAGCCCAGACUCGUAGAGCAGGAUGAGGCCGCAGUGCAGAAGUUUCGGUCCGUGCCCCCGGGCUGGAGCUAUGAGCAUGACAUGGAGCUGGGGCGCUUCCUGUAUUACAGUGAGGAGGAGCUGCAGCGCAGGGACUGCAUCAAGGAGCACCUCAGCAGUGUCGAGGUCUCCUCAGAGACGGAGGACUGCUGUGCAGCCCAUCUGACUGACAACCAGACGUACACCUUCUGGGAGAGCAGAGGGCCGCCGGGGCAGCACUGGGUGCGGCUCAAUAUGAAGAAAGGCGCCAUUGUCAAGAAGCUGUGGCUGAUGCUGGAUGGGCAGGCCAUCUCCUACAUACCCAGGCGGGUGGCUGUGUAUGGCGGGGCACCGAACAGGCUGCAGCACCUGAGAACCGUCCUUAUUAACGAGAACAGCUACCGGGACGUCUGCAUCCUCCGCGACAUGAAGACUCACCUGCCGGUGCUGGAGAUCCGCAUCCUGGAGUGCCGGGAACAAGGGUACAAUGUCCGCCUGCGAGGGAUUAAGAUCAAGUCCUUCUGGGAGUGGGACUUGAUCCUCAACGCUGACAUAUUCCAGCCAGCCCGGCUGGUGCGCUAUCCUCUCCUGGAAGGGGUGGACACCGACGUGCUGUACCGGCGGGCCGUGCUCAUUCAGAGGUUCGUCCAGCUCCUGGACAGUGUCCUGCAUUACCUGGUCCCCCUCUCUGAGGACAGCAUUGGCACCUUCAAUGCACUCAGGAGCAUGAAGCCGUUCCUGCUGCUGUCCAAGCAGAGCACAGCCCUCAUCACCCACUGUCUCCAGUCCUCGGAGAGCACCCCCCCUCACACCCUGCCAAAGCUGCACAUCAACCGGCACCUGGCCCGGCAGCACCGUGCCAACCCCGCGCUGGACCCCAGCUGCAGGAACACUGUCUUCACCCAGCUGUAUGAAGGCCUCAGAUCUUCCAAGAAUAAUCAGCCCCUAGACUACAGGUGGCCCACGAGCUACAUCCAGUGGUGGGAGUGCGAGUUCAUCACCGAGGGCGUCAUUGAUGGCGGCGGCGGUUUUCGGGACAGCCUGUCGGACGUGUCAGAGGAGCUGUGUCCCAGCUUGGGUGAUGUCCCCGUGCCCCUGCCCUUCUUCGUGCGCACCUCCAACCAGGGUAACAGCAGCAGUGACACCAGGGACAUGUAUGUCCCCAACCCCUCCUGCAAGGACUUCCCCAAGUACGAGUGGAUCGGGCAGCUGAUAGGAGCAGCCUUGAGGAGCAAGGAGCUCCUGAUCCUGUCUCUGCCAGCACUGGUGUGGAAGCAGCUGGCAGGGGAGGAGGUCAGCUGGAGCAAGGACUUCGCUGCUGUGGACUCGGAGCUGGUGAAGCUGUUGGAGAUGCUGGAGAGGGUGGACAGGGAAGCCUUCGAGUUCAUGUUCGGCAAAGAGCUGACCUACACGGUGGUGCAGAGCGACCAGCAUGUGGUAGAGCUGAUCCCUAAUGGCAGCAGCACCGUGGUGCGCUACGAGGACCGCAAGGAGUUCAUCCACCUGGUGCAGAAGGCUCGGCUAGAGGAGAGCAAGGAGCAGAUCGCAGCCAUGCGUGCCGGGCUGCUCCGCGUGGUGCCCCAGCCUGUGCUGGACCUGCUCACCUGGCAGCAGUUGGAGAAGAAGGUCUGUGGGGACCCCGAGAUCACAGUGGCUGAACUGCGGAAGUUCAUCACAUUUGAGGACUUUUCCUCCAAUGACACCCGUAUCCAGAACUUCUUGGAGGCACUUGACAACUUCACCAGCGAGGAUCUCAGCCGCUUCCUCAAGUUCGUCACUGGCCGGAGCCGCCUCCCGGUUCAGAUCACUGUCUACCCAGAAGUCAUAAACUCGAACAGAUUGGACAUGAUGCCACAGGCCUCCACAUGCUCCUGCAGCUUCUACUUGCCCAACUAUUCCUCGGCCAAGACCUGUGAGGAGAUGCUGCGGUAUGCUGUGUACAACUGCAUGACCAUCGACACCGACAAGGAUCCCUGGUCUGAAUGAGGCCCCCCAGGUACCCCAUGCCAUGAGAGCUGCCCACCCCAGGGACACCGGGUUC